AUGGUCUUCCUCGUCACCAUGGUCUUCCUCUUCACCAUUGUCUUCCUCUUCACCAUGGUCUUCCUCGUCACCAUGGUCUUCCUCGUCACCAUGGUCUUCCUCUUCACCAUUGUCUUCCUCUUCACCAUGGUCUUCCUCGUCACCAUGGUCUUCCUCGUCACCAUGGUCUUCCUCGUCACCAUGGUCUUCCUCUUCACCAUUGUCUUCCUCUUCACCAUGGUCUUCCUCGUCACCAUGCUCUUCCUCUGCAGGAUCCACAGAGCAGAUGUAGAAGCAGAGUUCAGUCGCCAGCGCAGACGAGUGCAAAAAGCCAGAGAUGAUUGGACCAAACAGGACGAUCUGAAGCAGCAGAUGGACGACUUUCUCCAGGAGGUGGAGCUGAGUGUUCAGGACGUGGACACAGACCUACAGACUCUCUCCUCAGUCUCAGACCAUGGAUCUAUAAUAAUAACUGGAUAG